CUGGGAGAAUCCUUGGGGCGGAAUUCUAGGGUGCUCCUGGCGCAAAAUGGUUAACACCAAGUCCGCGCGCGCCCCUGGGCUUUGAGGGUGAAAAGUGCGCGCCCGUGGCUACGCACCCCUUUGCUAAUUUGCGGGAUUACCGAGAGGAUGGGAUGGAUCUAGGCAGUGACGCCGGCAGCAGCAGCAGCAGCCGCGCCAGCUCACAGUCCAACUCCACCAAAGUGACCCCUUGCUCCGAGUGCAAAUCCUCAUCGUCGCCGGGGGGCAGCCUGGACUUGGUGUCUGCUCUGGAGGACUAUGAAGAGCCCUUCCCGGUCUACCAGAAGAAGGUGAUUGAUGAGUGGGCUCCGGAGGAGGACGGGGAGGAGGAGGAGGAAGAGGAGGACGAUCGAGGGUAUCGGGAUGACCGGUGUCCGGCCCGGGAGCCCGGGGACGUGAGCGCCAGGAUCUGCAGCAGCGGAGGCGGGAGCAAGAGCGCCACCACCACCAUGCCUUCCCCGAUGCCUAACGGCAACCUCCACCCGCACGACCCCCAAGACCUCAGGCACAAUGGCAACGUGGUUGUGGCCGGCCGGCCGAGCGUCUCCCGAGCUCCCCGCCGAGCCAUCCAGAAGACCCAGCCUCCUGGGAGCCGGCGCGGAGGCCGAGGCCGGGUCACUGGGGGGCUCUGCGUUCAGCCUCCGGACGGCGGGACGUGCGUCCCAGAAGAGCCCCCGGUGCCCCCGAUGGACUGGGAGGCGUUGGAGAAGCAUCUGGCCGGGCUGCAGUUCCGGGAGCAGGAGGUGCGAAACCAGGGUCAGGCGAGGACCAACUCCACCUCUGCGCAAAAAAAUGAGAGAGAGUCUAUCAGACAGAAGUUGGCACUCGGGAGCUUCUUCGACGAUGGCCCGGGAAUCUAUACCAGCUGCAGCAAGAGUGGGAAGCCAAGCCUUUCCUCGAGGCUGCAGAGCGGGAUGAACCUCCAGAUAUGCUUUGUCAACGACAGCGGCAGUGACAAGGACAGCGAUGCCGAUGACAGCAAGACUGAAACCAGCCUGGACACCCCCUUGUCUCCCAUGAGCAAGCAGAGUUCGUCCUAUUCCGACAGAGACACCACCGAGGAGGAUUCUGAAUCCCUGGACGACAUGGACUUCCUCACGCGGCAAAAGAAGCUACAAGCCGAAGCCAAAAUGGCCCUUGCCAUGGCCAAACCCAUGGCCAAAAUGCAAGUAGAAGUGGAAAAACAGAACAGGAAAAAGUCUCCCGUCGCUGACCUUCUACCACACAUGCCUCACAUAAGCGAAUGUCUGAUGAAGAGAAGUCUGAAGCCCACGGACCUAAGAGACAUGACUAUUGGACAGCUCCAAGUCAUCGUCAAUGACCUCCACUCCCAGAUUGAAAGUUUGAAUGAAGAGCUGGUCCAGCUGCUCCUCAUCCGAGAUGAGCUGCACACAGAACAGGAUGCCAUGCUGGUGGACAUAGAAGACUUAACCAGACACGCCGAGAGUCAGCAGAAGCACCUGGCAGAGAAAAUGCCCGCGAAGUGAAAGGGGGUCAUCCGCCAGAGGACGAGCUAGAAUUUAUUUUGCUUCUGUGGUUGUGAAAAAACAAAAAACAAAAAAAAAACAAAAAAACGCUGUUGCUAAAGGCGGCUCGAAAACAGACAUCAGUGUUAGUCAUUGGUAACGUCCGAGCUUACUGUCCCGUGACUGGCCUUCGCUUCUUAAUUUAUUUUAAUUUUUUUACUCGUGCCACUUAAUAUCAGGCCUUUUAAUAAACUGUUGUUACCAGAAAUGCACAGUACUUAUACCACCACCAACCGUGGAUGAGGAGAGAGCGGUUUAACUUGAUUUUAUUGUUUAGAGACUUUAAGUUGGAGCAGUAUUUUACCAUUGACUCCUUUCAUUCUCCACUGUAGUUUUGAAGCGGAACUGUAAAUGAUGGUGCUAUACAAGUCAGAAUACAUGCCUGCCUCGUAGUGAAGUCGUAGCUCUCCAUACUACGUAUAUUUUAAUCAGCUUUCAACAUUUCGUGAAUGUUGGACUACCGGAGGUUCAUUCUUAGACGUGCUAUUAACAUUCUGUUGGAUCCACGUGGUUCCUUGGGAGUUUUAUGUAUAAAUAUGUAAAAUAAAAAUUAAAACUUUGUUUCA